AUGGAUGGGAGCGACAAGGCCGCCCAGGACUGGUUCGCGGACGGCCGCAUCUGCCGUAAGCCGCCCCAGACGCCCGAGCCGCCCACGAUGAUCGACUCGGAGUUCGCCAGGGGCUUCGCCGAAGAAUGGAUCGAAGCGUGGAACUCCCACGACUUGGAUAGAAUCCUGGCGCACUAUACGGAUGACUUCGAGAUGUCCUCGCCGUUCAUCGUGGAGAUCGCCGGGGACGCCAGCGGCACGCUCAGGGGGCGGGAGGCCGUGGGGGCGUAUUGGAAGCGGGCACUGGAGCGGAUGCCGGAGCUGAGGUUCGAGCUGGUGGACGUGCUGGUGGGCGCACAGAGCGUGGUGAUCUACUACAAGUCGGUGAAGGGGCGGAUGGCGGCGGAGGCGCUGACGUUCGAUGACGACGGGCGGGUGGUGCGCGGCUCGGGGCACUACAGCAGGUAG